UCAAGGCAAUAAUUAUGUUAUCAAACCUGCCCUUGGGCCAAAGAAGCCCGCUCUAUUCUUACACUUUAUCGCACGUAGUCAUAUGUCACACCGAAAAGCCAAUGUUCCAGACAUAUUACGCAGGAAAGGAAGCUCGUGACAAGCUCUUGCAUGGUUGAUGACCGGUCGCACUCUCUCCAUGACGACAGCUAGGUGCAUCCAGGAACGACAUCGCUGCAUACAUCGUGCACACUUGCUUCUCCCAGGAUUGACAAAGAAUGAAGUACUCUGUCGUCCUCAUAGCAUUUUGGUCCUUCGUCCUAUCUUAUGGAAACGACAACGCCGGUUGUACGCGAUCGAGGCACUUGCCAAAGCUGGGCCUGUCGAGUUUUUUGGGCGAAAAGGUUUUCCUGUGUUAUUGGGGCUCGUGGUCCCAUUACAUGACCGGACCUGGGAAGUUCUCCGUUGCAGAUAUAGACCCCACGCUAUGCACUCAUCUUAUUUACGCUUUCGCAACGCUUCAGGACGGAGAAAUAGCUCCGUAUGACACGUACUUGGAUACAUCCAGCAAUUCCGGCCUUGGGAUGUACAAGAAAUUCAACCAACUAAAGAAAAGCCACCCGAACCUAAGGACCUUGAUAGCGAUCGGCGGCCAAAACGAAGGCUCGGCGAAGUACUCGAACAUGUCGGCCAAUGCAGAAGGAAGAAAAAAGUUCGUAGACAGCGUCUUAAAGUUCUUGCGCGAGUACGAGUUUGAUGGCCUGGACCUGAACUGGGAAUAUCCAACGACAAGAGGCGGUGUACCGGAAGACAGAGAAAAUCAUGCUCGUUUGAUGUCGGACCUGCGGGCUGCAUUUGAGUCACACGGGUACCUGCUAACAGCCUCAGUGUCUGCCAAUGCUGUCAUCAUUGACAGCGCGUACAACGUAUCACACUUGUCCAAUUACGUAGACUACAUCAACGUCAUGUGCUACGAUUACUUCGGGUCGUGGAACAGCAAGACGGGCCACAAUUCACCUCUUCGCUCGCGAGAAGGUGGAUCCGAAGCAGAGAAGAAAUUGAACGUUGAAUACAGCAUCAGGUAUUGGAUCGACAAGGGAGCCGAGUCGAAAAAACUUGUCGUGGGCAUGCCACUCUAUGGUCGUUCAUUCAAACUGACCAACGCUUCAGACCCUGGAUUUGGAGCUCCAGCUUCCGGUCCAGGUCCGAAAGGCCCUGUUCUGAAGACGCCGGGUGUCGCUGGAUAUAAUGAGAUUUGCAAGGUGCUCCAAGAGCCUGGCUGGAAAAUCCGGCGGGAUCCGAACGUCCUUGCGCCUGUUGCCGUGCGAGACACAACAUGGAUAGGGUACGACGAUGAACUGUCAUUGGCAGCAAAGGCCAAAUUCGUCAACGAACUGGGCCUGGCCGGAGCCAUGGUCUGGGCAAUCGAAAUGGACGAUUUCCUUGGGUCAUGUGGCGAGCUCAAGAACCCCUUACAGACCGCUAUAAAAUCUGCCCUGAAACCUUCCACGGCCACACUUGCACCACAGGAACAGACGCCAACAACAGUCUUCACUAAAACCGCAUCCCAGGAUUUAACAGUGCCUGCGUCUCCUUCGACUUCAACUUCGAUCGCCACCGACGGUACGUCGUCUGUUGAGGCACCGACUACUCCUGGGACGCCUUCCUUGCCGUGCCCCAAGGAGGGGUUUUACGUGCACCCUGAUGACCCUCAUCGCUUUUACCGUUGCGUAAAGAACGGACGAAGUUACGAUAUAUAUACCUUUGACUGUGCCCCUGGCACUAUAUUUGACGAAGUGGAGGCAACAUGUGCUUUUCCGUAAGCUGCAUAGCGUCUAGGAUGAUCUAGUUUGACUUGCGUUGUAGCUUUGUUGUAUACUUCACUGUGGAGAUGGGACACUUCCUACAAGUCCCGUUGCGAAACGUCUAGCAAUUGUGACACGAGAGACUAUACAAGGGCAUUUCACAGCCUGCCAAACGUUCCUGAUGAUGACGACGGGAUUGCGCCAUCUCUAAGAUAACGCGAUGACUUCAUACUCACGGAGUAAGGACGCUUUUCUUCAAGAUACACGAGAGUUGACGCGUAUUGGUACAGUGAUUUUGAUGAGCUCGCUAUGACUUGUAUCUUGUAACAUUUCAAUCGAUAUGAACAGUAAAAGAAAGCAAAUGGA